AUGGUAUUCGCUCAAGACAGGACUAGCACCAGCAUCGCGAUCGUCGGUGGUGGCAUUGGAGGUCUAUGCACGGCUAUCGGCCUCGGCCGCGCUGGCUAUCAGGUGCAUGUCUUCGAACAAGCUCACCAAUUCUCCGAGAUAGGGGCUGGUAUAGGUUGUGGAUCAAACGCGAUCGCCGCCCUCGAGUUCCUGGGUGUUGGGAAGAUGUUCGGAGAGAUUGCCGACUUCCAGGAGCCUGGCUCUGUUUGGCUGACAUGCCGGGAUUACUCGAAUAAUUCGCCCAUAGGGGAGGUCCUUGUCAAGGGUUGUUAUGCUUCAGUGCACAGGGCCAGAUUGCUGGAGGGACUGGUCGCUUACCUUCCCAACAAUGUAACCACGCAUUUCUCUUCUCGCGUGUGCGACGUGGAAAGCGUGGCCGGAGCUGGAAUCGAUUCAAAUUACGCCCGGUUGACGGUCGAAAGACGCACUUCCGACGAAGCCGAGGUGACAAGAGAGGUCUUCGAGGUAUCUGCUAUCAUCGGCUGCGACGGCGUCCGGAGUAAGGUACGGGAACACAUAAAGCCCAAUACAGGCGGCUACCAUAGAUACAGCGGCGUCUACGGAUAUCGUGCACUCUUGAAGGCAGAACAAGUUAUUUCCAAGGUCGGGCAGGACAUCAUGUCGUCCACUACGAUCUGGGCAGGACCUAUGAAGCAUAUCAUCGCUUACCCAAUCGAAGGCGGAAAAAUACUGAAUUUCGUUGGCUUUGUGUCUGAUCCUAAUGAGGAAGCGGUAUGGCCUGGGCCGUGGCAAAAGCCUGUCACCCGAGAGCAGAUGCUUGCAGAGUUUAAGGAACCGCAUGAGACGCCUAGGCGACUCCUAGAGCUCAUCGAAAAUCCUGUACAAUGGGCGAUGUUCGAUGUGGAGCCGCUCGACCAUUGGACGAUGGGCCGCAUCACAUUGCUGGGAGACUCUGCACAUGCGAGCCUGCCUCAUAAUGGGCAAGGGGCAGCUCAAGCCCUAGAGGAUAUGGUCGUGCUUGUGUCUCUCUUGUCGGACCCGGCAUGCGACGCUGCGAACCUACCAGCUUUUCUUCAGGCGUACGAAGGUGUACGUAGGCCGCGCGCCAGCGCGCAGCAACUACACGCUCGUGCGACCGGUGAUCUAUAUGAAUAUCGUGGUCCAUGUGGCUCCGAUCGUGCUGGUUUAGCGAAGGAGCUUGCUGAUCGUUGGGACUGGCUCUGGCUUCAUGAUAUCCAAGCGGAUGUAGAAGCUGCCAGGAGCAGCCUCAUCGACUCCAGCGUGAUUCCUGGAAAGCCUGUCACAACCGAACGGUAG